AUGGCGAAAAGGCUGCUUUGUUCUCCAAACCAAAGUGACGUCGUCAGUUUAAAAUUUCGACAAGCCUCUUUUGAGCUACUCACUGAUUUUCUGUUUAAUUUCAACAAAAGGAACAAAGACAGCCUCAACAGCUUAUCAGAAUGUAGCGGCACCUUUAAGAAUAAAAGACUCAUCGAGUGCAUCCUCCUGAUAUCCAGAGAACUGAGACUGGACCCGCUGGCUGGAUACCACGCUAUUGAAUUACUUCAGAGGUUCAUGGUGAAGCACCUUACAGAUUUGCUGACCACACCCACACCUCCAGGUGCAGCUGCUGAACAACCAAGAAGUAACGAAGACGCCGUUUUUGACAAGCUCAAAGACAGAUUCCCCCUCGUCAUCUUCUCCUGUGUGCAGCUCGCCAGCAAAAUGUCUUUGCACAGUCAUAUGAUUGACAACAACACCACGGUGCGCUUUCUGCACUCUGUCGGCCACCGUGUUUCCAAACAGACUGUCCUGGAGUCGGAGCUGAUGGUCUUGAAAGGGCUUGAGUUCAACGUAAACGUCACAAACCCCAUGACGUACGUGGAAAUACUGCUGGAGGUGCUCGGACACAACGAGCCGUCCAUCCCCGUGGACCGACUUUACCACCACUGCCAGCAUGUUCUCCAGUUCAUCAGCCUGCAGAGGACAGCCAUCUUUGACUCCUUGUUAAUGACGACCACUCAGUGUGUCGAGCCGUCCAGGGAACAGAGAGAGAAGUUUGUGACAGUGACAGAAGACUGCAUGCUGCUUGGUGUCGGUGUCAUCGCCGUGACUACAUUCAUCCUACAUUUCAGAAAAUGGAAGCAGGUAGUCGGAGGGUUGAGCCACAUCACUGGAAUCUCAGGGAGGAGCAUCAGUGACUUUGCUCAUGCGACGUUGGUGCACAUACUUGGCACUGGUUUCCCUCAGUAAUAAGCUUUAGUCUUGAUAACUCGUCCACUGAACACUUAAGUGGCUUUUUUUUGUAUUAUAUAUAUAUAUAUUAAUUAUUUUUGAAGUUUGUAGAUGUUGGCACUGAAAAGAAAAUCUGUUCACUGGAACAUACCUGAAUUAUUUGAACUGUCCUUUCUGUCAAGCAAAAUUGAUUUAACUGUUCCAGAUGAAAUGUUUAUCUGUCAGCAUAUAUUGUUUUCUACAUCUGAUUUUGCCUUAUUGUAGCAACUUUAUUGUGGCAACAUGGUUCUGCAGAUAGAAAA